AUGGCGGCAGCCGUACAGACAGCACCUGGCGUUCCGACGCAUCGUCCUAUUGAGAAGUAUCAGCAAGUCCAAGAGUCCUCGGCUGAGCUACCAUGGGCCGAUCUUGUCACGCUCGAUUUGUCCCAAUUCGAUGUCCCAGGCGGCAAGGAGAAACUGGCGCAUCAAUUGGCAGAUGCUGUCCACAGAGUUGGAUUCUUUUAUAUCACCAACUUUGGCUUAACCCAAGACGAAGUCGACAAUCAGUUUGCGAUUGGUCGAGAGAUCUUCAAGCUGCCGAUGGAAGAGAAGCUCAAGCAUGAGGCGGACAUGAAGAAUGGCCACUACUCCGGGUAUCGUCGUCUCGGCAUAUCGGAAAUCGUGCCGGGCCUGAGAGACAAUGUCGAGAUGUACAAUCUCUUCAAAUUCAACGGCAAACUGGACCGCUCGCAGCCGGACAUCAUUCACGAGAACCGACCCGAGAUUGAGAAGUUCCAGCGUCACAUCGCCCAAGACACGGUGCAGAAACUGCUGACCCUGAUCUCAAUCGUCCUCGAGCUACCCGAGGACUAUCUGAGCCAGGGCCACAAGUGGGACGACAUCUCCGAUUGCCACUUGAGAUACAUGAUCUAUCACGCACGAACCCCCGAGGAGAACGCGCGCGCCGGCGGCUUGUACUCCAAAGGCCACACCGAUUUCGGCAGUUUGACGCUCCUGUUCCGCCAGCCCGUCGCCGCACUGCAGGUUCGCAUGCCGGACGAGACGUGGAAGUGGGUCAAGCCCUACCCCGGCAGCAUCACCGUCAACAUCGCCGACGUGCUGCAGUUCUGGACCAACGGCUACCUGAAGAGCAGCAUUCACCGCGUCGUCGUGCCACCGGCGGACCAGGCCAACAUUGACAGACUCGGCCUACUGUACUUCCUGCGCCCGUCGCACGAUCUGAAUCUGGCCACGGUGGACAGCCCACUCCUCCGGCGACUGGGACUGAAGGCUGACAAUGAGGUGGCUGAGGUCAAGGCUGUCGACUGGGUUCGUGCCCGCGUGAAAGGAAACUUGGACAAGCCUGAGACCAGGGACAGCAAAGAAGGGAAGCAGGUACUUAACGGUGUGAAGAUGAAGUAUUACGACUGA